AUGAUGUCUGAUCAGUUCGAGGAGACAGCUGUCGUGAUAUGCGGGUGUGGUCCGACUGGAGCCAUGCUGGCCACCUACUUGGGGCAGAUGUCAACUCCACACAUCGUGCUCGAGAAAGAACCCGAUAUCACAACUGACCCCCGAGGUAUUGCAUUAGAUGAGGAGGGUAUCAGGAUACUUCAGGGUGUUGGAAUUUACGACCAGAUCUAUUCAGAUAUCGGGACAUGUAUGGAGAAGUUCAAGUUCAUUGGCGGAACGGAGAAAAGACUUGACAAAACUGCUUUCUUGGAAAUGGAUUAUGGAACAACCGAAGGUGGAACUGGGCACGUCGGAUUCCUCUGCCACAAGCAACCUGUGUUGGAGAAACACUUGAGAUCAGCCAUGGUGUCAUCUAGGUUCUGCCAGUUCAAGCCAAAUUCGACCGUCUGCGACGUCCGAGAGGACGGUGGAUUUGUUUAUUGUCAGUAUCGAGAUGCGAAGGGCGACGAACAUACCAUUAAAUCUCGAUUUCUUGUUGGUGCCGAUGGAAAGACCGGGUUUACAAGAAAGAACUUUUUGGAACCACUCGGAAUAAGGAUGGAGCAAGCACACCAGUCUUUCUACGAUGAAACCUGGGUAGCAUUGAAUUGGGAAAUCAGCUUACCAAACGAAAAAUCGCAUCCUGAUUUUCCUUUAUGGAAACUAGGAUACACCCCGGAGCAGGUAUACGAUGCGUUCUUCCCACAGAGCUUCAGCUUCAUCUGCGACCCAGACCGGCCUGCUGUUUGUGGACGGUUUGGGCUUCCUUCGGACCGACUCUGGCGAUUUGAAUUCGUGGUACAGGCCGGUGAGGACGGGGAGCAAAUGUCUGAGCCUGAUAACAUUCGCCGGGUAGUCUUCCCUUACAUCACCCAUCAAGGGAGUAGAUAUGGCCUGACCUCUUCCGUGCAAUAUCCAGAAGACUGCAUUCGAGUCCUUCGCUCACGACCCUUCCGCUUCUCUGCCAGAAGUUGUAAUAAGUGGUCGCACGGCCGAGUGGCUCUCUGUGGUGACGCAGCACACGUCUUUCCUCCAUUUGGCGGCCAGGGUAUAGCCUCAGGCUUCCGCGACGCUGUAUCAUUGGCCUGGCGCCUCGCCUUCCUCUGUCGACGGGAAUCCUCAAACACAGGGAACCACGAGGACGUACUAGCUGGAUGGUACAACGAGCGCAAGCAACAGCUAGAAAGCUCACUCGCCACGACGAUCAAGAAUGGCGAAUUUGUGACAGAGCGCAACCAUAUCAAAAUCUUUUUGCGUGACUGGUAUCUGUAUCUUAUGCACUUCAUUCCGAGCUGGCGGCGGGACCUCAGGCUUGGGCGUCGGAAAGAUGGAAUGGCUCGGUAUGAAUUUUCACCUGGACUGCCGUUUGAUCCCUCUCAUCUGGGAGGAAUCUGCCUCCCGCAGGUAUACUGCAAGAAUGCGAACGACUUAGGUGAGAUUUGCUUUUCGGAUGAUGUGAUCUUCGGACGCGGCAAAGUAGGUUUGUUUCAAACACUCGUCUAUCUUCCGACAAUGAGUGGGCUCGAAGAGGCUUGGAAGUCAGUAUCAAAUAUCGAGGAAGUCUCACAAGGGGAAAUUCGCUUAGAUGAGGUGACCUUCAUUGUUGAGGAAACUGACGGGGUGAUGGCAACCACGAAUGAGACUGCCUCGAUAUACUAUCUGGCGUCGGGAGAUGAGUUCGCGCAAUCGAAAUUAUGUCGAGGAAGACCAGAGCCUCGAUAUUACGACUCUCUGGAUCUGCGGCGGAUCUUGAACGGCAAUCGAUUUGUGCUUGUUCGCCCUGACCGAUUCAUUUAUGGGACUUGUGACAGCCGCCAAGAGCUGGAGAGUAUCGUCACGGCAGCAGUGAGAUAUCUACGAUGA